AUGUCGUCGUCGUCUGCCGCGGCCACAGCGCCGUUCGAGAAUCCCAGGGCGGUGGUGAGGAAGCUGCUCUCCGAGUCCCAGCCCGAAGGCCGCGGCGCCACCGUCAGGCGGAGCAUCGGCAGGCACGAGCUCCGGAACCUGGACCCCUUCCUCCUGCUCGACGAGUUCGCAGUCUCCAAGCCCGGCGGGUUCCCGGACCACCCGCACCGUGGGUUCGAGACCGUCACCUACAUGCUCGAGGGUGCCGUCACCCACCAGGACUUCUCCGGACGCAAGGGCACCAUCAGGGCAGGAGAUGUUCAGUGGAUGACGGCGGGCCGCGGCAUCGUGCACUCGGAGAUGCCUGCAACCGACGGCGUGCAGAAGGGUCUGCAGCUCUGGAUCAACCUCCCCGCCAAGGACAAGAUGACCGAGCCCCAGUACCAGGAACUGCAGAGCAAGGACAUAAGCGAGGCUACGAGGGACGGCGUCGACGUCCGCAUCAUCGCCGGCGAGGCAUUCGGGGUGCGGUCGCCGGUGUACACGCGGACGCCGACCAUGUACAUGUACUUCACCAUGCGGCCGGGCUCGCAGCUCCACCAACCCAUCCCGGCGGGGUGGAACGCCUUCGUGUACAUCAUCGAGGGGGAGGGCGUGUUCGGCAGCGAGAAUGCCGCGCCGGCCACCGCGCACCACUGCCUCGUGCUUGGCGCCGACGGGGACGGCCUCAGCGUGUGGAAUCGCUCCGGCGCGUCGCUGCUGUUCGCGCUCGCGGCGGGGCAGCCGCUCGAGGAGCCCCUGGUGCAGCAGGGUCUGUUUGUGAUGAACACGCGCGCCGAGAUCCAGCAGGCCAUGGAGGACUACUACCACGGCCGCAACGGCUUCGAGAAGGCCAAACACUGGAGCUCCGCCGCCUGAACGUACCUGAAUGAUCGGCCUCUUCUUCUUCGCGCCAAAAAUGGAAAAGGAAAGGGCAACUGCUCUUCUAUUGAUGCUUUUGUGUAGAGUGUAACUAUU